AUGUUUUUAACUAGAUUCAGAAAUCUAUGCAAGUUCUCAUCUGUAAUAGAUCCUUAUUAAGUGUUGGGAGUUGAUAAAUUUACUCCAUUUCCAGAUAUCAAGAAGGCUUAUUAUAAAAUGGCAGCUUAAUAUCAUCCAGAUAUUAAUAAAACACCUGUGUUAAGAUCAUUUAAUAUAUAUAGUCUGCCUAAAAACAAUUCAUAUUAAUUAAAGAAUCUUUUGAGAAGAUUAAAGUGAUGAAAGGAGAGGCUGUCUAAAUGAAUUCAGAAGGUUCUGUUAAAAAAGAAAAUGAAUAUUAAUCUGUUCGUAAGAAUUAUAAAGAUUAUGAUGAAAACUUUUCAGAAUCUAAUGAACAAAAAGAUUAUAAAGAAUUCUAUCAUUAAGCUGAAGAUUUGAAAGGACAAGAAUAUGAUCAUCUUAAAAAGUCUUUUUAAACUAUUCAUGAAGUCAAAGAUAUCAAAUUCAAACCAAUUGAUAUGAAAAUGCCUGAUCCAUCUAAAAGAUUUCAUUUAGGUCAGGUUAUGCAUUUAAAGGUUUUCUCAGAUGGUUCCAAUCUAUAUAUUAUCACAAUCUGUGUUGGUAUGUUUAUACUCUUUUUUGUUAUGUAACAUUCUCAUUAUUAUUAUUUUUUAGUAAUUCAGUAUUUCAAAUGUAAACUAAAAGAAAGACUAAUUCCUAAUUAUACAAUUUAUUGAAUUAGUAAAUUAUCAAAGAAGAUUUAGAGGAAGAGUAACUCUUACAAUAAGUCACUACUUAAAUAGAAAAAACAUAAGAAUUUAAAUAAUUUAAACAAGAAUAACUAUAGAAAUAAGAGAAAUCAACUCAAAGGAGAAGGUAAAUUGUCCCUGAAAUCCAAACUUUUGUAUCAGCAACUGAUCUUAAAGAUAGUGUGUUAUGA